AUGGUUUUCAGUACUGAAUACUACGAUAUACUGGGUAUAGCUCCCUCUGCCACGGCAGUGGAGAUUAAAAAAGCAUAUAGGAAGAAAUCUAUUGAGGAACACCCAGAUAAAAAUCGCCAGGAUCCUAACGCCACUGAGAAAUUUCAAGCAAUAUCGGAAGCCUAUCAAGUUUUAAGUAACAAUGAUUUGCGUACUAACUAUGAUAAGUACGGCAAGGAAAAAGCUAUUCCGCAGGGCGGAUUUGAAGAUGCUGCAGAACAGUUUUCCGUUAUAUUUGGUGGGGAGGCCUUUGAGCCAUACAUUGGUGAACUAACUCUUCUGAAAAAUUUGCAGAGGCAGGAAGAAUUGCAUGCUGCAGAGGAAGCAGAGAAGGAAAAGGCGAAUAGUCAGGAUGGGAAAACAGAUGGCAAGAAUGUAAAGGUCAAUCAAGAAACGGGAGGUACCGUAAGUGACGAAAUGCUCAAGCUUAACAUUGACGGUGGAAAGCAGGAUGUUGAAGCCCCUAAAAAAAGUAAGUUAGAGGCAUUCGAAGAAGAAUUAAAAGUAGAAAAGGAGAAAAAUGUCGAUGUGCUUGCCAAAAAGUUAGUAGAGAGACUGUCAAUUUUGACUGAGAGUGUUUAUGAUGCGGAUUGCAAGAAUUCGUUUGAAAAAAAGUUUGAAGAAGAAGGAAAUCUCUUGAAAAUGGAAUCUUUUGGUCUAGAUAUAUUACAUGCAAUUGGGGAUGUAUAUUGUGAAAGGGCAAGAAUUUUUCUUGCUGCCAGUAAACCGCUAGGUUUCGGAGGGUUUUUUCAGUCCAUGAAAGCUUCAGGAGGAGUUUUUAUGGAUACUUUGAGAACAGUCUCUGCUGCGAUUGAUGCACAAAGUACAAUGAAAGAACUAGAAAAAAUGAAAGAAGUAAGCGAAUCAAUGGGUAUUAAACUAGACAAGCAUGGAAAUGAAAUAUCAAAACCUACACCAGAGGAACUUGCUGUGCAAGAGCAACUGCUGAUGGGUAAAGUUCUCUCUGCUGCAUGGUACGGCUCGAAAUACGAAAUAAUGUCAACCUUAAGACUUGUCUGCGACAAAGUACUGGGAGAUACAGGAGUUGAUAAAGAAACAAGAUUGAAGCGAGGCGAAACAUUGUUACUUUUAGGCAAAGUUUUUCAAAGAUCUUAUAGAACGAAAGUGGAGCAGGAAGAGGCACAAAUAUUCGAACAGCUGGUUGCGGAAGCGACCAAGAAAAAACGUCAUUCAUCUAAGUAA